AUGGAAAACCUGCCUUUGUUCAUUUCAAUUUCCCUCAUGUUCAACAUCAUCAUGAUCAUCACCUCUCCCUUUCCUUCAUUAGCCGCUUCCACCUGUGGCGGUCCUUGUCAAACCGCCGACGACUGCGACGGCCAGCUGAUAUGCAUUAAAGGCAAGUGCAAAGAUAACCCAGACAAUAUUGGAACCCACACCUGCACCGGCGGUGGCAGUUGUAAGCCAUUUGGCACUCUCAUUUGCAGUGGCAAGUCUUACCCGAAGUACAACUGCUCUCCUCCCAUCACCGUCUCCACCCGAGCUGUACUACGGAACAACGACUUUAGCGAAGGCGGCAUUGGCGGCGGCCCGUCGGCGUGCGAUUCGAAUUACCACGAUAACAAGGAGCUAGUGGUGGCGCUUUCGACCGGAUGGUACGACAGAGGAUCGAGAUGCGGGAAGAUGGUACGUAUAACGGCGAGCAACGGGAGGAGUGUUAUGGCAAAGGUGGUGGAUCAAUGUGACUCCAUGCGUGGGUGUGAUGCAGAGCAUGGAUAUCAAGGACCAUGUGGUCAUAAUGUGGUUAACGGCUCGGAUGGUGUUUGGAGGACUCUGGGGCUGGAUACAGACGACGAACGUGCCGAUGUAACUUGGUCAAUGUCUUAA